AUGAGUGCUUGUGCGCGCAAGGGCAGAUGGGUCUGGGCGCUGUGCCUGAUGCGCGAGUUUUCCUUUAGACGUUUGCAACCAGAUGCUCUUAGCUACAGUGCACUGACAGCAGCUUUUAAAGCCCGUGGCUUGUGGCGAAAGGCGUUAGGGAUACUAGAAGAGGCAGAUCCACCCACUGCCAUAUCAGCAGCAUUGUCAGCCUGUGCAGUGGAGGAAGCUUGGCAGGCAGCUAUGGCUGUUUGGACACGUGCUGUGAUUACCGGAAGAAGUACUCCCAGCGUGCGAAAUGCAGCUGUGAGUGCGCUGUCUGCAGCGUCACAGUGGGAGCUAGUUCUCCAAACUACACCUCAGGUGCUGAUCCAAAGUGAUGAUUCCAAAAUGCUGCUAGUUUCUGCCAUGUCCUCACUCUCUCGUUUGCGACGCUGGCAACAUGCUAUGAACCUCCUGGACAAGCAGUCCAGCGCUGUCACUGUGAGCCUUGCCAACCGAGCUGUGGAUGGUGUGGUGGUUGCACCUCUUCAGAAGGAGGUCUCUCGAAUCCCAACGUUUGACGCCUUUGACAUUAGGCAGCGCAGGGAAGUUGCUGCCCGGCUUUUGCUUCGGCCAUUGCUUCCAAGCUGCUAUCCAUUUGAAUUGGCUCUUUGGCAGCAAAUCCUAGAACCAGCGCAAAAAGCGUUUCUAGAGGUUCGAGCAGGGCACCUCUGA